AUGGCUGGGCGGUUUGUGCGCGCUUCCAAAUACCGCCAUGUCUUUGGCAAGCCGACUCGCAAGGAGUUCUGCUACGACAACCUCCACGUCAGCCGCAAUGCCUGGGACACAAACUUGGUGAAGGCGAACCCCGAGUACCUCUCGGUCAAUUGGGAGUCGAGCGGCGGUGGCGCAUUCGCCGUCAUCCCGGUCAACGAGCGCGGCAAGAUCCCCGACCAGAUCCCUCUCUUCCGUGGCCACACGGCGGCCGUCCUGGACACCGACUGGAACCCGUUCAACGACCGUAUUGUGGCCUCCGCCUCCGAUGAUGCCCGUGUUUUUGUGUGGCAAGUCCCCGACAACUUUACACUGCACACCGAUGCCGAGGAGAUUGUCGAUGUUACACCCGUCAGCAAGCUCCAGGGACACUCCAGAAAAGUCGGGCAGGUCCUCUUCAACCCCGCCGCCGAGAACAUCCUGGCGUCGGCCUCGGGCGAUUUGAACAUUAAGCUCUGGGACAUUACGACUGGCCAGGCGUCGCUCGCUCUCAAGCAGCCCGACAUUGUCCAGAGCCUGUCGUGGGACCCCAGCGGCUCGCUGCUCGUCACGACCUCGCGUGACAAGCGUAUCCGUGUCUGGGAUGUCCGCCAAGAGAGCCCCGUCCACGAUUUCUCCGGCCACCCCGGCGCCAAGAACAGCCGUGUCGUCUGGCUGGGCGGGCACAACCGCUUCGCCACCACCGGUUUCUCGCGCAUGAGCGAACGCCAGCUGGCGCUGUGGGAGCCUGGCCAAAGUGACCCCAUUGGCGGCUUCAGCACUCUCGACUCCAUCUCUGGAGUCCUGAUGCCCUUCUGGGACGAGGGCUCGAACUGCCUCUACCUUGCCGGCAAGGGUGACGGCAACAUCCGCUACUACGAAUACGAGAACGACAAGUUCGAGUUCCUUUCGGAAUACAAGUCGGCCGACCCCCAGCGUGGUCUUGCCUUUGUGCCGAGACGCGGCGUCAACGUCCACGAGAACGAAAUCAUGCGCGCCUACAAGACCGUCAACGACUCCUACAUCGAACCCAUCUCCUUCACCGUUCCUCGCCGUGCCGAAACUUUCCAGUCGGACAUCUACCCGCCAGCUGUCGGCCUGAAGCCGGCCGUCUCCGCCAAGGACUGGCUGUCGGGCAAGACCGGUGUCCCGGCCAAGAUCGAUCUCGAGAGCGUCUAUGACGGCAACGCCCCUGUCGAGGUGCCAUCCGACUACAAGCCGCCUGCAACGAACACCGCGUCCGCCCCUGCGCCGGCCCCUGCAUCGCCUGUGAAGGCCACACCGCCCAAGAAGGAGCCCGAGCCCACCCCGGCGCCUGUUCGCUCCGGCCCGCCCCCGAGCGUAAACGACCAGAAGCAGUCCAUUUCGACCAUGGCCAACAAGUUCCAGGACGACGACGAGGAGAGCAGCGACGACGACGAUGCCGAGUCCACGAGCUUUGAGGAGACUGGCCGUCCCCAGCCACGAAGCGUUACAGUGGCCGCCGCAGCACCGGCCGCCGCGACCAAGUCGCCCAUCACGCCCUACAAGCCCCCACAGGCCACGUCAAACGCCUCGUCGCCACCGCCGCCGGCUGCUGCCGCUUCAGCCAUCGCCUCCAAGGCCUCCACGCCCGCUGCCAGCCACACCUCGACAUUCUCGCCCAGCGCGGCUGCUGUCCCCUCUUCUUCAAGCGUGAACGGCAACAGCAGCGGCGGCGGCGGCGGCAGCGGCGACAUUGCGGACACCCUGGCCAAGCUCAUGACGCUCGUUCAGUCACAGAACGGCAAGAUUGAUAGCCUGGCCAGUGAGGUGGAGGGUCUGAAGAAGCGGCUGCAGCUAUCGUCGGAGCAGAGCGAGCGGAUCCGGCAGCUGGAGCUGGAGCUUGAAGAGGCGCGGUCGUAG